UCUUCUUGAAAAAGCAGUUGUGAGGAGGUGCGACGCGAAUAGCCUACGUCAGUAAUAGCGAACUUGUUGCAGAUCGUGCGUGGAUUUAAUUUGAGUUCAAGCUUCGCGAAAAACAAUUGUAAUAUGAAUUGCGUUUACAGUUUCACUUUUAACUUUACUUUAAACUAGUGAGAGAUCGAAGAUAAUUUAAGUAAAAAGACUUUGGAGGAAAUUUUAUAACAAUUUUGGGGAAAAUGUUGAUUUUUAUUAUUUUAAUUCAGUUACUCGUGCAUUGUGUCAAAGGAGACAAACAAAUAACAAAUAUUGAAGCAUUCGGAAAAAUCACCAUCAAUAUUUACAGCAACAAGGGAUAUGCCAUAAAACGAGUUUUCGAUGGAGAGAGCAGAAGUUUGGAGCCUGAGAAAAACCUUUCCGGUUUAAAAAGUUUGCCCAGUCAAAAUAAUUAUUCUGAGUUUUAUUCAACCAAAGUGAAAAAAAAGAGUAAAAAUGGCUCUUCAAAUGCAGUUCAACAAAUCUCUUCAAAAAUUAUAGCAAAGGGUGCAACAGAUGUUGAUGAUAAAAGUACUUACGAGAUUAUAAGCAAGCCAAAAGUGGUAUUAAUGAAAAAUUCCAUUGCUUCUUUGUUAGACCCAAUCAAGAAUGAUGAUAGUCCAGUUGAUACAUUGAGUAAACUUGGAUUGACCUCCUUUCUUGAUUUAAUGUUAGAUCGUGACUCUUUUGUAAAUUUGUAUCUUAAAGCAAAAAUUGUAACUAUAUUUGCACCAACAAACGCUGCAUUUCGAUCAUUGUCUAAAGAAGAAAAAGUUAUGCUUCUGUUUCAAAGUAAACUUACUGAUAUUGCGAGUUAUCAUAUUUGCCCUGGGAUUUAUACAGUUGAUCAACUGCAUUCUAAUAACAUUCCGACAUUGAACUCUCGUUAUUUGGUUACCUCAAAAAAUCAUAAUGUUCUGUCUAUACAAUCAGCAAGUAUUAUAUCUGCUAACAUUAGAUCAAACAACUCAGUCAUCCACGUUAUUGAUAAAGUUUUGUUCUACCACAAAGCAACUUUAGUAGAUAUCAUUGACAAUGAUCCGCGAUUUCAAAUGGUUUCUUAUAUAUCUCGCAACACAACAAUAAGAUCUUUACUAAACUCAAACUUUUUGUACACUUUGUUUCUACCUAAGACUUCUGUGUUACUUUCAAGUGGAAUAAAUUUUUCAACAAUGGGUGUAAAAGAUCGAGACCAUUUUUUAAGAUCUCAUGUAUACGGGCCUGGAGUUUUAUAUUUAAAUAACUUUGCAACGGGUAUAGUGCAACGCCUAAAAAUGAGCACAUUAAAGGGUGAAAACAUUUCAGCAAGAAGAAUAGAUGAAAAUACUUUAAGAAUAAACAAUGACGUACUUAUAAUGGAGGGCGAUAUACUUGCAAAAAAUGGCGUAAUUCAUUUAGCUGAGGGAAUUUUGGUUUAAAGUUUAAUAUACAUUUGCUUAAUAAAACAUAUUUAUUUCUGCGUUUUUUACUGUAAAUAUAGUUUGCAUAUUUAGUUAUUUGAUUGUAUUACUUAAUAAAAAAAGUAAUUCAAAAUAUA